GCUGCUACUUCUUGCUGCUGCCUUUGGCUUCAUCAGCCUCCGCCGCUGCUCGCUAGUCUAGUUAAUUACUUACUACUUACUACUCUUUCUGGCUACCCUGACACGACUCCCCCUCUCCUGACGACGUCUCUUCUCCGUACGGCUUUCUGUCUGCAUAACCACUUCGCCCUCCUACUUCGCCGUUUUAUCUUCGACCUUCUUAGUUUCCUCAAGUCAUCUAUCUAGCCUCUCCACUUUCUACUCCCGUCUUCCCACUCACCCUUUUUCCUUAACUCUCUUUUCAACUACUCUUCCCGAUCUCUGCUGUGAUAUCGAGCUUCCGCCUAGCUGUUUCGCUAGCUGUUUCGCACGUCCCGCUCCGAUUCAGAGUAUGGUUGACGAGGAAUAUUCAGUGACUAAUUCAUGAUGGAGGGCUCUAUUCCGCCGCCGUCCACCACGACCACCUCCACCACCUCCUCCAUCACUACCAUUCCAACCUCCUCUUCAUCAACCGUUUUCCGACCCCGCAAAUCAGAAGAUUGGAAUGAGUAUCGCACGGCUAUCGAGAGUCUCUACCGAGACAAUCAGCUCAAGCUCCGUGAUGUGAAGAGGAUCAUGGAGCGUGACUAUAACUUUGUUGCAUCAGAAAAACAAUACAAAGAUCGCCUGGCUGCAUGGCAUGUCCGCAAGAAUAUCAAGGCCAAAGAAGUCCAUGUCAUGAUCCGAAAGCAACAGAAACGAGCGGCCCGAGGCAAGCAAACAGGUUUUCGUGUUGCUGGGCAGGAAGUCGACUCCAAACGCAUCUCACGCUUUGUCCGUAGAUAUGGAUCGAACAUGGAGGCCAAUAAUUCCCGCGAGGACCCUCCGCACAGUCCUCAGGGCCAUCAGAUCAUCCAGCCCGUCCAGCCCGUCCAGCCGAUCCAGGCAACAAGCCCCGAACCAGAAACUCCCUCCGAUAUGAGCUAUUUUACCCCACCGCCAGAGGAACGAGCAAUGACAUUAUCACCUUCAACAGAAACACCGUCACAUUUCCAUGACGAUCCACCCGAACCAGUUCGUAAUCCAGGAAUUGGCAGCGCGCGAUCUUUAUCAGUCUCAUCCGGAACUAUGACCAACGACAUAACGAAACCAAUGACUGACGGGGUCCAGGGGCCAGAUGGCUGGAUGACCCUCGAGAUGUUUCAGGAAAAGCUUUUGAAGCUUUCGAGAACUCUCGAUCAAUCAAUGUCCCGAUUUGUUCCUGCCGAGGAUCGCAGCCACCAGCCCUCCAAUUCUGACCAGCAUUCUCGCUCAAUCGGGCAGUGAGAAGGAGGAAAAUGAAGAACAUCAACGUCCUUGGACGAAAACAAAGAAAGAUUUUGGAUAUCUGUCAACCUCCUUAUACUCUGCUAUAUUCUGUUCUUUGGCAGGUUGAGUCGAUUGCCUCCUUCUCCACUUGGUGUCCCCUCUGUAAUAUUCCACUUUAUUUCCCUUUGUUUUUUAUUUCUUUCCUUCCC